CCCUGCGACUAAACUGGGGCAAGAAAACACGGAACCCCUUACCUUAUUGUACAAGCAUUAUUUGGGUAGCAAAUCGCUCUAGGAGUUGAUAACAGGAAAGCCACAUCCUUGUGAAAUCUUGUGACUUGUGGACACUUGUUGCUAAGGCAAACAAAGUUAGAGAAAUCAAAGUUUUAAAACUGUACUCCUUCACGUUUCCGCCAGGGGGAUCGACUCCGAGCAGUACAACCAGUUGACUCGGCUGUUAGGAUUGGGCAAGAAGGACAAGCGCAGAGGACUGGUCACCCAGGGAGAACGUAAACUUCUAACAAACCUGGCGGACACGAGGACCGCCAAGAUGCCGGCGGACGGAUCGAAGAAGAUCCGCCCGUCCACGGCACACGGGAAGAUCCAGUCGCAGAGAGUGAUGAGCAUCUUCGACGACAGCCAGCGACCACAGACGGCCGCUCCCUCGGGGUAUGACGACGGGACCGCGUCCAGGGCAACCCUGGCCCCGUCCCGACAAGAGCGGGCACCCACCGCCCGGCCCCGGGUUAACCAGGUACAGCAGCCCAAGGGAGCCCGGAGACUGACCGUGGGGGCGGUAGACGGGAUCGGACACAACGAGGCGGCCCAUCGGAUCCAAGUCCCCGCCAACCAAGGCCAGGUUAUGAAGGAAGCUGACACAGAUGGCAGUGGUGCUCUCAACCUUGAAGAGUUCAAGCAGGUGCUCAAGAACUGCCUGGGCAUCCGUGGAAGGAAUGAAGAACAGAUUGUUGCCCUGUUUAUGAAGAUAGACUCAUCGUCUGAUGGCGAAAUUGCUUGGGAUGAGUUCUGCACUUACAUGCAGCUGGAGUAUGCGGAGAAAGAAGAGGCAGUCCUACGCGACAAGGACGUGGCGUUCCACCUACCGGCCGCCAUGGGAAGUACACCUCACAGGGAGCCAAUCGUGAAGGUGUCCCACACGCCAGACAACACGUUCAUGGCUCUGGGACAGGACGGAAUGGUCACCUUCUGGUCUCCUAACUUAGACCUGAAGAGAACAAGAACAGUCGUGACAGAGCAACAACAGGCCAACAGAAUAAAGAACAAGUGGAUCACAGACUUUGUGUUGAUGUCGCAGUACAACAAGUUCAUCAUCGGCACAGGCGAUCGAGAGAUCCAGUUUUAUGAGCUGUCCAACUUUGAGCCCUACUGUCAGAUCAGCGGGUUUGAAACUGUUCCGCUGAAGCUAGACUACUGCCCCACAGGUCCAGCUGAAUGCCUGGUGCUGUUUGGAGACAGUGAAGGAUGUGUCAACAUUGUUGUUAUCAGAAACACUGGAGAGACGUUACGGACCUGGAAGAAAUUUCCCAAGACAGAGGGCAUAGCUAGUGUCAACGUAGAAGUGGUAGCAAACGGAAGUUUCACAAAAUACAUAAGAUGGAAGGUGCACAGAGACUGGGUGGGGCAGCUACGUUACUAUGACGACAUCAGAUCUGUCAUUUCCUGUUCCAACCACGCCAACUCGGCCUUGGUUAUAGGUUGUGUAUCAGGCAGCACCCAUGUGGAACAACAGCUGAAGGAGAUAUCUCAUGACAAGUUUACAGCCAGUAAGUCCAAGAUGCCUUCCCUCGCCUACGCACAGACUAGGAAGAGACUGGACACUGAUGAGACAGUCUUCAAGAUCUACAAAGGAGUCAAGACAUUCGACUUCUCCAAGGAGAAGAAUCUUAUAGUCACUGGAGGGAUGGAUAGAAUAGUUAGGACAUGGAACCCAUAUGUACCAAGCAAACCCACGGGUAUGCUGAGAGGUCACAACGCUCCCAUCUUCCACCUCCACAUCAGUGCUGAGGAGAACAGGAUCUUUAGUGUCUCUACAGACAAGACUGUCAAGGUGUGGGACACGUCAGACCAGUCCUGCCUCAUCACAGUCACAGCUAAGAGCCAUAAGAUCCGAGGGGACCUGAUGUGCUGCCACUACUCCGCACUGGCCAAGAGUCUGGCCAUGGUCACUGACCAGCUGGCUCUUCUGCAGCUCAAGAUGAAGUCGUCCCUGAAUGCAGACAUAGUCCUGUCUCACAAGGAGUCAGUGCAGUGUUGUAAAUAUAACAGCUCUUUCAAACAAGUCAUCUCCUGUUCAGAUGCAUCGGUGGUGAAAGUAUGGGACUUUGAGACAGGAACACAGAUCUUUGAGUUCUCCGGAGCACAUGGGGACAAGCCAGUCACCUGUAUGACUUUUGACAGUACAGAAAGAAGACUUAUCACAGGAGGCAGGGAUGGGGUGUUGAGAAUUUGGAACUUCAACAACGGACAUUGUUUGAAAUCACUCAUAAAAGAAAACACAGAAGAGGUGACAGACUGCUGCUAUGUGGAGUUACUAAGGAACAGAUAUGUGGUGUCUGUGGGCUGGGACCACAGGAUCAACAUCUAUGCUGAUGCAGCAGAAGAUUUCCAUCACUACCAGAGUCCUCUACCAAAGUGGACCGAUGAUGUUGCACAUGGGCACAAAGACGACAUCCUGUCCGUGGCCACGUGUCCGCCCAACCUUCUGGCGACCUCGGCGUACGACGGGAAGGUGAUCGUGUGGAACAUGGUGUCAGGACACAUCUACUGUCAUCUGGUCUCACCUGAGCUGCGGAGCAACACCUGUAGCUCUUCUGAUGAUGAGGACGACAACAGACUCAAACAAGAUACUUCAGAUCUGAGCAUCAAGAAGGUGCUGUUCUUAAAGAGUCGGGCAGGGAAGAAAGAUGCUGCACAGCUGAUUGCCAGUGGACCAAAGGGACAAAUCCAUUUCUGGAACAUCUUUCAAGGAGGCCACCUGUAUGGGCUAGUGAAUGGGUCCAAGAAACAGGGCACAGUGACUUCCAUGAUUCUCAAUGCCAGCGACACUGUUCUGUACACAACAGACUCGAUAGGGUUCGUGUAUGUCUGGGACAUCGAUGGCUUCUGUGAAGAUGGUGAGGCACCUAUACCUCCUGCAUUGAUCAGAGACUGGAGAGCUCACACACAGAGUAUAACUGGUAUGGACCUGAUAGAAGAACACAACAUUGUGAUCACCUGUGCUCUGGACUGCACGGUCCGUGUCUGGACACUGGAGGGCAACUUUGUUGGAACAUUUGGUCAGCCUGACCCCUGGGAUAUCUACAACCCCAGCACAUAUUCCCACCCCAUGGUGCCCUACGACGUGCUGGUGGACCCACUGAGCAUGCCCAGCCACCCGGUGAUUGACAGGAGGAUGUCCGUGGCUGAUGUAGUCCAUGCCGACUCCAUGGAGGGUAGCGAUGCAGGGGAUGAUGAUGAUGAUUUACAGAGAAGGCCUCACACAGCGCCCAACUUCUCCACCCUGCACUCUGAGUUGUUGGUAGGAGAUGAUGAAAUUGCUGAAGAACUGAAGAGACAACCUUUUGGAAAGGCCAUUGGAAAAAGGUUACGCCACGAGAAGAUGAUGAACGCCCCCAACAAGUUCAAGGACCACGGCGGACCCAACGCGUAUCAGAGCCUCCAGUGUUACGACCUCGUCGACACGCCCGAGAUCAUCCCGCCUAACCCUUCUGCUGAGAUAGACGACCCAUUUGCAGAUAUAUUGGACUGAGCUCGUGCACAGUGCGCAGCAGGGCUUUAGCCAGUUUGGCCCUUUUUUAGCCAUCCAAAUUCACUUUGACGGAAAUAUCCUACAAGGAGGCAUAUUUUCCGUCAUCGUUGUGGGAAUUUCCACCAUUCUCUUUGACGGAAAUAUCCUACAAGAAGGCAUAUUUUCCAUCACUGUUGUGGGAAUUUCCACCAUUGUUUGACCCUUUUGUAGCCAUCUAAAUUUCCUUUGACGGAAACAUCCUACAAGAAGGCGUAUUUUCCAUCAUUGUUGUGGGAAUUUCCACCAUUGUUUGGCCCUUUUUUAGCCAUCUAAAUUCUCUUUGACGGAAAUAUCCUACAAGAAGGCAUAUUUUACAUCAUUGUUGUGGGAAUUUCCACCAUUGUUUGGCCCUUUUUUAGCCAUCUAAAUUCUCAUAUUUUCCAACAUCGUUGUGGGAAUUUCCACCAUUGCAUUCAAAUUUGGAUAAUAUAAACAUGACUUAUCUUUCCCCAUCAACUUUUGAUGGAGGGUUGACAGAAUGGUCAUAGAAUUAUUCCGUCAUACCAGGGCUGUCUCCAGGGCACAUCUUUCCGUCUUGGGAUGGACAAAAUUUGACCAGUCUGUCAGAAAAGAUGAAAAAUGACAACUGAAAUUGAUGAAAAAUGUAGCUUUGUAAGCUUUAAACCACAGGUUCAUCAAUAUAUGAAAAUUAACAACAUGGGUUCCCAAACAAUGCGUGGGACAUAAAAUAAUCUAUACGUAAAAACAGCCUUCCAUAACAAUGAUGGAAAGACAGCAGGUGCUGGCUAGAGCCCUUGUGUACAGUACUCAGGGGAAGAGUACCGCAUUAUAAAGGCAAAGAGAUUGCAGUCCAAACAUCUAACGUUAUACCUGCAAAUAAGUUUCUAUCUCAAGAGAAAGGAGAGGUGGGUUGAAGCUGUUGUCGGGAAUGUAAACUCAGGAUUUGACCCUGAACUUGAAGUUGACCUGAUGCGCAAGAAUGCUGGACAGAAGAGAAACUCCAGCGCACCACGGAGACAAUCGAUAAAAUCAUACACCGUGGCUGUCAGAUAAGGGUCUUAUUUCCCCUGUGUGUACAGCAAUGAUAUUGCACACGAAUAAUUUCUGGUAGUGUGUGACUGGAAAAGGAGCUGACUGUAUUGUCAAUAUCUUGUGUGAUAUUGUUGCUGCUUGUCACUAAUGUGGAAAACUGAUAUGAAUCUUUAUAAUAUCUUAAUCAAGUCAAGUCAAUUUUGGGCAGUCUUGUAGCUAGUUACAGCACUUUGGUUCAACUUUCCUAAAAUGCUUUGAGAGUCUUUUUCAAAAUGCCAAUUGUCUUCAGGUCACAUACGUCCUAUGAUUGGCGCUCUUGGUGUAAUUGCGGAUAUGUCGUACAAAACUCUGCUAUCUUUUUAGUUUACUAAACGAAAAAGGCUGUCUUUAUUUGUUCAAAGCAAGAACAUUAAUUUAAAAUGCAUUGCAACGUCUUACAACAGAAGACGCUGAAUUGCGCACUUUAUGCAGAAUGAUACAUUAUGCAAACAUUGAUACAAUUACAAGGGAAUGUUAACAUACAAGGAAUAAAAUAACAACUACAAAAUCCUCUUAUGAUACAAAGUAGUGACAGAAAACUACAAAUACAUGUAGUCUUAGAUCCUUAUCAGUGGUAAGGGUUUGUCACCGCCUACUUGAAACUUCCACGACAUCACAAUCGUACAACCAAUGUGACCUCACCAUAACCUUUCUGUGUGAGGGAUCAAGUGAGUACUCUCCCUCAGAGUUUGCAGACUGACCUGAUCCGAUGACCGGCACUAAAAAUAUCCUUUAUUGACUGGAAGCUUAGAAUACCACAGUGCAAACCAGCUAAAUCGUUAAUGCACAAUAAAACCCAGGAGGAAAAUAGAUCCAAAUGGUGGAUGGGCUCUGUGCUGUAAAAUGCGGGUAAAGGGAGCACCCUGUUCAUUAUGGGCGGUAAUGUCUGACUCGACUGGUCCAUCCAGGUGUCAUUAUCUCCGACAAUUGAUCUGUAGUUGAUGAAAGAAGGCUAUAAAGUUUUUUGAGGGGUCACGAUGUAAGUCAGGCAUUCCAAUGACGUUACUGCACCAAUCGUCAUAGCCAGUAGUUCGGUUCAUCGACUGUUCAAUGAAACAGGUUUCUCCACAAGCUUAAGCCCCUGUCAAGUAUGACAGAAAGAAGCUAUGAAGUAGCCGUGUAUAUUAAGAUAUAUUGUAUUAUCUUGGGCAAUUGGUCUGUAGAUCAUAAAAGAAUGCUGUACAGUUUUUGAAGGGGUCAUGUUGAAAGUGACAGAUUCCAAUGAUACAAGUCACCAAUCCUUGACUAUGCAGUAGGUGUGUGUAUAAAAUGUAUGUAAGAAACAUAUUUUGUAUAUAUUGAGCAAUGAGAUAUAAAUAUUACUCAAACAAGGUGCAGUAUCGGAAUACAUGAUGAAAAUCUUGUUUAAUGUCGGAGAAGAGUGUACAUUUUUCUGUUUUGAGGGUUUGUUGGUUUUUGACAAAAUAAGCCACCUAAUUUGAAGUCUGACUCACUUUUCAGAAUAUGCAGUUUUUUUGCAGUAGUUCUCUAUUGCAACAAUGCUCUUGUGGUAUACAUGUAGCUUGCACAUGUAUGAAAUGAUCUGUCACAUAAACAGAAGGCUCUUUGACCAGAGCCAAUUAUGUGUAAUAUUGAAAAUAAAACUUUUAUUAUAAUUA